AUGGUUAAAUUCAAGAUGCUUCUCGCGCUGUUCAGCGUCCUACUGAUUGGAAAUCACGUGCAAGCGGUAGUUAACAAGGCGCAAGUGCCGUUAACCAACGAAGAGAAGAAAUCUAUCAAGGGCAAAGUUGAGGAUAGAAUAAGCAACACUUUUGAUUCUCCGUCCGACGACUACGGACCACCGUUGGGAUCCGGUUUUAAAGGGCCAGCGCCGGUAUACGGGCCACCGGAAUUAGUCGGCAACCUUGGACCAACGCCCAUUUAUCCACCUCCACCGCCGGAAUUGCCGCCACCCGUAUUUGGACCGCCUGCCGUAUCGUACGGCCCGCCGCGAAGUCUCAAGCCGCAAUAUGGACCGCCGAAACAAAGUUUCGGUUUGGCAACACCCUCCCUUCUUCUGAAACCUACCUACGGCCCGCCGAAACUUCAUUACGGACCGCCGAAGCAACAUUUUACGCCGCCAGCGGCGUCGCUAUUCAUAUCACCGAAACCUCAAUACGGUCCACCAUUGAAGUUCGUCGGCACAUCGAGUCAGCAAUAUAUACCGCCACCACCGGCGAGUCAGCACGGGCCACCGAAGCCGGGGCAUGGACCACCUAUCCCUAUAUCGCUCGAGACUUACGGUCCACCGCCUCCAAAAUUAGCUAUUCAGUUUAAUCCUCUGCCCAAUGACGAGUACGGUCCGCCGCCGCCGCCCGUAGCCGCGCCGCAACCGCAAUACGGUCUACCGGCCGGUGAUUUAUACGGACCUCCACCACCGGCACCUCCACCAGGCGUUCCUGCGCCACCCACACCACCUGACAUAAAGUACGAUGGAUGGCAGCCCAUCGCGGGAUUGGCCACCUCCCCUAAUCAAAGUGGUCCGCCGGCAGAUACGUAUGGCCUUCCCGACGCGAAGCAUAAUUACAUCGAAGGCUUGGCCUCCGCGGGAUUAUCGCACGCCGCGCUGGCCGUUUCGACGAAUUCGAACGUGCCGAGCGAUUCUUACGGCGUGCCGAUACACAAUCCGGAAGAUCAAGAUCUGAAGACGUCCGUGCACGAUGCGUCGGCCUCCUCGGAGAGUAAUGGAUUACCGCCGCCGCCGUUGCCGCAGCACGAGCCCCUCCACAAUCAAGGCCCGGGCGUCGUCGGUACUGCUAGUCAAUCCGAUCACCAGUUCGGUCGACAACAAUUAAACUUGCAAUACGGAACGCCAAAUAUUGAACCCUUAUCCAUCACGAAGACAGUGGGAUUCGAACUGUUGCCGGCAAACGGCGCUUUGAACGGCGCGGAUCUCCCAGGUUUAUCAUUGUCAAGUGGCACUUCCGACGCUUCGUCGUUCAAUCAUAUCUCGAAUUCGGUUAAUGCCAAUUCCGCGUCGCUUCAUACGGGACUGGAAUUGCCAUCGGACGAUGGCGGAGCUGCUCACGCUGCUGUUCUAAACAGCGGCAGAGAUUCUCACGGGUUUCAAAAUGUAGGAAAUGAUCUGUCGUUGCAGCAGUUACCGCAACAAACGCCGUCGCUCGAUUACGGUCCGCCUUUAACCACUUUUGGAAAAUCCACCGAGGCGCUAUCCGGAGCAUCUUUGCUUUCUCCUCCUCCUUUAAAUACUUACGGUGCGCCGCCUCUUUCUUCCUACUCGCCUAACGGACCUUAUCCCGCGGCGCAAGGAGGACGAAGUCCGUUCUUUUUAUCGUUCGGAGGAUUAUUCGGAGGCUCUUUCCCCAAGCAGAAUCUGCACUCUCAAAGAAUUCACGGUCCACCGUUCAGGUUACCGCCGGUACCCUUCGAGUCUUUGAUACCGCCGCGGACUCGAGAACCGAUUCAAUUCAGAGAGCCGAUACCUACGGGACUGUUAUCGAAUAUUAAUCGGUAUUUACCGCCACCCGCGAAGCAGCAGUUGCCGAAUCUCCACGCGCCGGUGUCUUUUCACCACACGUCGGGAUCGGGCAAUUUAUUCCCCGGUUCUUUCGCGUCAGCCGGUUUGUUCAACGGAAAUAAAAUUCUAAAUUCCCCGGUUGCCGCGCCACACGCGCAAUAUGGAACGCCGUUGUCGUUCACCGAUUUUAACACUCCGACGCCCCAUUUGACUUACGGAGCGCCCAACUUCGGCCCACCGACUUCCUUCGUUUCGACGUCCUCCGGAUUCGGCAACAAUCUUUACAGCGGAGUGAAUAACGCGUUAACAACAACGUACGGUACACCCGUGGUCAAUUCAUUAUCAAUCGGCGGCGGUGGUCACGAUUGCAACAACGCCUUGCAGCCACUCCUGCCCGGAGCGUUGCAUUCGAGCAACGGAUUGUCCGCGAGCGGAGAGCUGCCUUUAAGCGGCAGUUUACCUUCAAGCGGGGAAUUGCAUUCCAGCGGAGAGCUACACUUGAGUGGAGGCUUAUCUUCGGGCGGUGAAGUGCCCUCGAGCAACGAGCUAUCGGGUGGUGGAUUAUCCGCGCACGGAGGCGCACAUUCUAACGGCAAGCUGCAGCUCGAUUUCGAAAAUGCCGGCGCUCACGCUGGAAGUGUGAAAAAUGCGGAACUAGGUUUUACAAAUUCUCUAGCCACAGGCUUCGCGAGCACCGGUGGAGGCGAUCUGUUCGACGAUAAUCAUCAGAAUUCCAUUUUCACCGGCGAUUCAUUGCCGCUUACGAAACCGCUCGACAACUUCCUGGGCGGACCACCAGUCAGCACGCUCGAUCUGCAGCAUAAUGAACAGCAGAAGAUAAAUCUGAAGGACAGUUAUGGCAACCCCAUCGGAUUAACAUACGAUUCGUUGAACGAAGCGAGUAACCCGAAUGCUGUUCACGCGUCCACCGCGGACGUUUCGAACGAGCUCUCCGCACCUUCAUCUAGUCAGUCUCAGAAUACCUAUCCCGCGGCAGCGUCGUUCGAGCACGGCUCAGGAAUAUCGGCGGAAGCCCUAACCGCAAGCCUGACCUUACAGGGUCUCGGUCAGGGAAAGAGUUUCGCGUCGAACGAGAUCGACGCUAAUCAAUUUCUCAAAUCAAGCGAGGGCAGCGAGGCAUUGUCUCUGGCGCAGAAACUGACCGCCGACAAUGCCAAUGACUUUGAGAUUCAGGGUUCCAAGGGCAUUUACAGAUUGCAGAUACAAGCGGCGGAUGGUGGAUUGGGCACCGAAAAUUCGGAUGGCAGCAUUAGGCACGAUCAAGUGGUGUCCAACGAUCUACUUCAAUCAAUAAUAGCCGCUAUAGAAGAGCCGGAGAAUGCCGCUGUGCAACUUCAAGAAGCGCCGCAGGCUCAGCGAUUGGAAAAAGUUUACGGUUCUGAUCUGCUGCAAGAAAUUGGCGUUCCAAAUGGUCAUUUUAUCACCGUAGAUAGCCACAAGCCUGGCAAUGAGCUCGAAAAACGAUCCGAGCAAACGAGCGACAGGAGCGAAGACGAAAAGUAUUUGAAAAAUCACCCAUCAGUGGCUUUGUUCUUCGAUACUAAAUACGGAGAAACGAUUAAAGAGGUGAGGUCGGUGUCGAAAAGCGAGACACAGGCCGCGAAAGAAAACGAACAGAGCAACAACAAAACGAAAUCCUCGUAA